CCGCCGCCGCGGGGCUAUAAAAGGGGGAAUGGCCCGGCAGCCGCAGUCGGAGCAUCCCUGGCUGCGGUGGCGCCGCUCCCGCUGCCCAUCCCGGCGCUCCCGGGGUAUUCCCGGUGGGAGCGGGCCGAUAUCCGGACCCCCCGAGGCUCUGCAGGAGGAGGAUGAGGAGGAUGCCGCUCGGCGCACCGGGGGAGCCGCAGCCCCGGGAGGCGCCGGGCGCUGCCGGCGGAGGUGGAGGUUUCGACAUUCCUGCGGGGACAGCUCCCGUCGGCCCCAGGAGCUGCUGGAACCUCCUUGUGCCAGCGGUGGGGACACCAGGACAGGAGUGGCACUUGUCCCCUCUGCCGGGGAAAGGCUCCCGAGCCAGGGUUUGGCCCUGGCUGGUUCCUCUGCGCUGGGAUCCCGAGCCCCGAGCCUCGCCUGGCGUUUGGAUGCUCCCUUCUGUCUGCAGCUGGGAAUGGCACGGCCGUGCCUCCUGCUGCUCCCAGAUCCCGUGGAUUUACUGCUGUUGGCACCGUCCUGCUGGGACGGCCUCUGGCUCCAGCACAGGGAAUCUCCCGAGGGACUGAUGGGGAAAAGCAGCACUUGCUACAGCCUGAGGCUACAAUUCCCUCUUUUCCUGGGCUACUCCGAGCAUCCUGGCUCUGCAGGAGGAAGGAUUCAAUGCACUCCUGGAGGACAAAUCCUGCUGCUCUAAUCUCGAUUUUUCGAGAGCUGCCUGCCCUCUUCAUCCCCAGCCUGCUCCUGUCCACCCCUUCUCCAACAGAAAAGGAUUUCAGAGCUGAAAUCAAGGUGAUAAACCAGAAAUGAG